AUGCACAUCACCGGCAUCUCCACCUACCAAGCCCCCCCUCAAUCCCCAACCACAUCAUCUCCCCCCACCGAACCCUUCAUCGAAUACACCUACUCCCUCCUCCAAUCCGGCGCCUCCCCCAAACGCCACGGCAGCAGCUGGUCCCGCCAAUCCUACGACUCCUUCGUCGAAUACUGCAAGCUCAAAACUGGUGCCGCAUACGACAUUCGCAGGAUCGAAUUCGCAUAUUUCUACCUGUGGUUUUAUUUCUUUGAAGAUGUAGAGAUGCCGCAAUGGCGACCGGGGAAUGAGACUAUGCAUUUGAAGACGAGGGUGUGGGAGAAAAUUGACACGGCACCGAAUUCACCUGCGGCCUCGGCGUGUGGUUCGGAGCGGAAGUUUGAUAUUCUGGAUGCGCAGAGAUUGUGUUUUGAAGAUGAGACGGCGAGGAGGGAGAAAGUGCAGGUUUCCAGGGAGGAGAUUGAGCGUAUGUAUGAGUGUGGGAGGCCGCCGCCUAUUCAAUCGCCGAGGGUUUGCAAAGAUAUGGAGAAGGAGAAGCGAUUUGAAGACCGUAGGGAUUCGGGAUAUGCAGAGGGGUUUGCUUGUGCUGAGAUUAUGGGUUUUCGGGAAGAUCAAGAUGUUUUUGUGGCGGACAUGGAGAGCAAGAUUUUUGGGGAGGAUACAACUGUCGCUAUCUCCAAUCCUCUUCCUCUGGGCCAUGGACUCGACACUAUUCUCGAAACCAUCAACAAACAAUUCCAAGCGGCUUCUGCUACAACUGCUUCAAUGGCAUUCGAAGAGAACCCUGCACUUCCUCCAUCUAUCGACGAGCAAGAAGCGGUCGCUUCCAAGACAUUCGAGCAAGAAACCUCACUUAUCGUCUACGGUCAAAAUCAAGAAGUGGACAACCUCGAAAAUAGCAAUGAUGGCGCUGACGAGGAUGAAACCGACUAUGAAGACUCCACCACAGACGACAAUUCACAAGACGAAGAAGAACUCUACGCCACCUCUCUCUCCGACCUCAACACCUCUUUCAACUCCGAAAAGAAUGAAUAA